AUGACGGAUCUACAAGGCCUGCUACGCCUGCUCAUGGCGGUGGCCCUGGUCGCCGGCAAAACCAGCCUAGCAACAAGAACUGAAAGUCAGUGCAUGAGUAUCGAGGAUGCACAACAAGUAGCUAGCAAUUGGCAGAACCUCCAAUCCACCUACAACGAGUUCUCCCUCUCCCUUGCAGAAGAAUCGAUCGCGGUCGGCUUCUCAUCCUAUGCCAGCUCUACCAAUACUCUAGUCAACGGUGGAUGCAGCAGACCAAUACCAUUGAAUGACCCUACGAUGACAAGCCGGAAAUCGUUCUUCGAAGGUCAAGGCGCUCAGCGGAUGAUUUCGAUGAGACUACUCAACAUGUGGCAUACUUGUUCGACAGUCGUUGUCCGAUGGCGUGCGGAUCCGGGCCCGGAUCCUGUUGUCGGCAUAACGAUCCUUGAGGCGACACCUGCUGCUGGAGGCCAUGCUUUUCCUUGGCUCAUCGAAACCGCGGACAGCGAAUUUAGUAGUGCAGCCUGGUUGACGAAUCUGGGUAUCUUCACUCCCGAGUGCUCAAGGAACUCAUCUCGGCUCGCGAGGUGA